AUGCACGGAGGCGGGUCUCAUCAGAAAACGGGUAGGACCCAGUGCAGCUUUGCUCAGUAGUGAAGCGCCCCGGGACUUGGAGGAGAAAGAGCUCUGGCAUUGGCUGCAUAAAGGGAGUGAGCCGAAGGUAGAGAGCUGCACAGGUCACACUGACGCCACACAGGAAAAAAGAAGAAGAAGAAGAAGGAUGCUGCUAAAAGACACAGAGCUGUGUCACAUCCCCAUGCAGUAAACCGGGGCGUUGCGCCGUCUCUCGUCCAGUUUAAAGCAAUCUCCACGUUAUGGAUUAGAGAGAAAGGUCGAGAAGAGAAGCCAGAGUAAAUCCCCACUGUGUGUUAUCCGGAUUUACAGCGCAGGAUAAGGUGAAAUUGGCGAACAUGGAAGCAAACAUGCGGAAAUUCACAGUACGGAGAUGGUUCUCGAUUUACCUGCGCAAAAAGUCGCGCUCCAAAAGCGCCAGCUUGUGCAAACUCGAGGAUGACGGCAUCCUGAAAGAGAUCGAUAUAAGCAGCCAUGUGAAGGAAGGCUUCGAGAAAGCUGACCCAUCACAGUUUGAGCUUCUUAAAGUGUUGGGACAGGGAUCAUACGGCAAAGUAUUUCUUGUGAGAAAAAUUAAAGGCUCAGACACUGGGCAGCUCUACGCCAUGAAGGUGUUAAAAAAGGCCACACUGAAAGUGCGUGACAGGGUGCGGUCCAAAAUGGAGAGAGACAUUCUUGCUGAAGUGAAUCAUCCCUUCAUAGUGAAACUUCACUAUGCUUUUCAGACUGAGGGAAAACUGUACCUCAUCCUGGACUUUCUACGAGGAGGAGAUCUCUUCACACGGCUCUCCAAAGAGGUCAUGUUCACUGAGGAGGAUGUGAAAUUCUAUCUGGCUGAGCUGGCUUUAGCUCUGGACCAUCUUCACAGCCUGGGAAUUAUCUACCGUGACCUCAAGCCAGAAAAUAUUCUUCUUGAUGAAGAGGGGCACAUAAAGAUCACUGAUUUCGGUCUGAGUAAAGAAGCGAUAGAUCAUGACAAGAGAGCGUACUCGUUCUGUGGGACAAUCGAGUACAUGGCCCCAGAGGUAGUCAACAGGAGAGGACACACACAAAGCGCAGACUGGUGGUCAUUUGGCGUGUUGAUGUUUGAAAUGCUGACCGGAUCUCUGCCGUUUCAAGGCAAAGACCGCAAGGAGACCAUGGCACUUAUUCUCAAGGCAAAGCUUGGCAUGCCACAAUUCCUAAGCCCAGAGGUUCAGAGCUUACUGCGAUCACUUUUUAAAAGGAAUCCGACCAACAGAUUAGGAGCCGGACCUGAUGGAGUGGAAGAAAUCAAAAGGCACCAUUUCUUCGCAAACAUAGACUGGAAUAAAUUAUACAGGAAGGAGAUUAAACCUCCGUUCAAACCAGCAGUUGGUAGGCCAGAAGACACUUUCCAUUUCGACCCCGAAUUCACUUCCCGCACGCCAACAGACUCGCCCGGUGUUCCUCCCAGUGCCAAUGCCCAUCAGCUUUUCCGCGGUUUCAGCUUUGUGGCCUCCAAUCUGGGACAGGAGCAGUGUAUAGCAGAGACCAGGCCAAACUCCAUUAACCCUAUAGUGCAGCAACUUCAUAGCAACAACAUCCAUUUCGUUGACAGCUACGAAAUUAAAGAGGACGUCGGCGUCGGCUCGUAUUCAGUAUGCAAGCGCUGCGUACACAGAAUCACCAGCGUGGAAUACGCUGUUAAAAUCAUAGACAGAGCUAAGAAGGACCCGUCUGAGGAGAUUGAGAUAUUGUUGCGUUAUGGACAGCACCCCAACAUCAUCACUCUGAAAGACGUUUACGAUGAUGGGAAGUUUGUGUAUCUGGUGAUGGAGCUCAUGCGUGGUGGCGAGCUGCUCGACCGCAUCCUGCGCCACAACGGCUUCUCAGAGAGAGAGGCUUCUGCUGUGCUCUGCACCCUAACCAAGACUGUAGAGUAUCUGCACUCGCAAGGGGUUGUACAUCGAGACCUGAAGCCUAGCAAUAUCCUGUACGUGGAUGAGACGGGUGACCCAGAAUCGAUAAGGAUCUGUGAUUUCGGCUUUGCAAAACAACUCCGGGCUGAAAACGGCCUCCUUAUGACCCCUUGCUACACUGCCAACUUUGUGGCUCCAGAGGUUCUGAAGAAGCAAGGAUACGACGCAGCUUGCGACAUCUGGAGUCUGGGAAUCUUACUGUACACCAUGCUCGCAGGGUUCACGCCCUUCGCCAGUGGACCUGAUGAUACCCCCGAGGAAAUCUUGGCUCGAAUCGGCAGUGGCAAAUACACCCUCUCUGGGGGCAACUGGGACACUGUGUCUGAUGCUGCUAAGGACAUCGUGACUAAAAUGCUGCAUGUGGACCCUCACCAGCGGCUCACCGCCCCUCUGGUACUCCGUCACCCCUGGAUCGUGAACCAAGAGCAGUUAUCUCUGAGUCAGCUCACGAGACAAGACGUGCACAUGGUCAAGGGAGCAAUGGCCGCUACAUACUCAGCCCUGAACCGAACGCCGCAGGCUCCAAAGCUUGAGCCUGUCCUUGCUUCUUGUCUGGCUCAGAGAAGAGGAAUGAAGAGAGUGACGUCCACUUGCUUGUAGCACAGAAUCAAAUAGCACCACCUAGAGGACCUGAAAAUAUUCAAGCAUCAAGCCUGAGAAACGGAACCUGGCAGUCCUCAAAGCACACGGUAGAGCUAACUUUGGGAAAGCGUUAACUUAACUCGAGAUUCGAUCCAGAGCUUCUCUGCUCUAAUCCUCAAAUGAGGCACGGCAAAGGAAUUGGAGUGAUGUUAGUGAGUUAGAUAAUAUCGCCAACCGAGAGCACAAAUAACAUAACCCACCAGCUCAUGCCGUGAAGACUGUCAUGUGCUGUGAGCCAUGUCAAAAUGUUUGGACCUGACUGCGGUCAUAUUGCUCCAGCUUGCUGUCAUUCUCCGUAUGGCUCUGGCUGGAAUAAAUGUACACUAAUCGUGUCCACAACAUUGACCUAUUUAGUGGACAGCAAGAUUGUAGCUCAUGUUGAAACACUAACACUGAAGCUCUUAAAGGAAUAGUUCAGCAGGGAACAAAUGUAUAAACACAGAGUUCUCCCUUUGCUCACAUGUGAUGAGUCCUUUUAAUGUUUACUUCUGGAGAUAUGCACUGAACGUCUACCACUAAUGCUACUAACAAGGAAAGCGCAAAGCCACUGGUCUGGCAUCACUACAAAUGUGUCCUCUAGCUCACUCAAAUAGAAAAAUAAUCCUUCUGGGUUUGAUUGUUUUUUUUUUUUCCAGACCGGACCUCUUCCUUUAAACCUAUCUAAUGAAUCACUUGACAUACACACAGGUGAGCCCUAUAAUAUAAAUGCUUCUUUGGCUAGCUCAGGUGUAACCACAGCAGAACAAGCAAUAUUAUGUUCCGAACAACUUAAGGACAGGACUAUAAAAGAUGCCAGCAUUCUUUACAUACAUUUCUUUAUCCGAUUCCAACAUGCAUGCUAGUCUAAGUGGUUUUAUGAAUUAAAAAAAAGGACAUGGUACAUUUUGGAACAGCUUUAAAGACACGAUUGCUGGUUUAUAAAUGAGUUAAAAUAUUUUUGCUGGGGGAAAAAAAUAUGUUUAUUAUUUAUUAUUUAUUUUUUAGUCGUUUUAUUUAUUUCAAAUCCUUUCAUCCUUCCUAUUUAAUCAUCUUAUCAUAUAUAUAUUUGUUAAACUAUUUAUUUAUUUAUUUCUCCUGCUUGUUUGGUUGGUUGAUUUACUUGUUUUAGAAGUGCACUUGAUAGGGUUUGGUUUGACGUGUGAAAAUUGUAAAUAAGUGCCCGAGUUUUGCACUAACCUUCGUUUGGAAUUUGUAUUAAAGUAUGAGAUUAAUAUAUGCAGACCAUUCUUUUCUCUCUCUCUCUCUCUCUCUCUCUCUCUCUCUCUCUCUCUCUCUCUCU